UGUCACACUUUAGUUUUUUUUUUGUCGUCCUCUGGUUGGUUCUUAACCAAAAAGUAAAGCACUUCCAUUGUAUUUCGACAUUUGUUACCGCAAAAAAAAAAGUGGGAUUACUGAUUAGUUAGUUGAUUAAAUAUUCCUAAUCACAAUAAACAUAGCUUAUCUAGAUAACUCCUAGAUAAAAUUUAUUUCCUAUUUCAAAUAACUUUAGGUUAGCUUGAGGAUCAAGCUAUCUUCAAGAUUAUUCUCAACAAAAUUAUUAUAUAAAGCAUGCACACGAAGAGAAGAAAGAACAAGAUAAAACCUAUUUUUUUAGCAACCUAAACGUAGGCAGAUAGCGAAAGUAUGAGAAGAGGAGGGUUUCGUGUGUUGGAUAUGGUGAAACCGUUUUUGCCGUAUCUGCCAGAAGUGCAGAGUGCUUUUGAGAAGAAGAAGAAGGUUCCAUUGAGAGAGAAGGUCAUCUAUACCCUGACCACUCUCUUCGUGUUUCUCGUUUGUAGUCAACUUCCUCUCUACGGUAUCCACUCCACCACCGGCGCGGAUCCAUUCUACUGGAUGCGUGCCAUCCUCGCCUCGAGCCGUGGCACCCUCAUGGAGCUCGGUAUCGGUCCCAUCAUCACAUCAGGGCUCGUGAUGCAGUUCUUGACUGGCUCAAAGAUUAUUCAGGUCAACGAUGAGGAGGAUCAUGCUCUCUUGAACGCUGCUCAGAAGCUUCUCGGCGUUCUGAUCGCCUUAGGUCAAGCCGUGACAUACGUCCUCUCUGGUAUGUACGGUCCAGUCGCACAGCUCGGCGUGGGAAACGCACUUCUCAUCGUUCUCCAGCUUGUCUUUGCCGGAGUCAUCCUUCAGUGUCUGGACGAGCUUCUCCAAAAGGGGUAUGGUCUUGGCUCAGCGAUCUCCCUUUUCAUAGCGACUAGCCUCUGCGAGAGCGUUAUAUGGAAAGCCUUUAGCCCCGUUACGUUCAACAACAUCGGACGGUCUGGACAGGAGUUUGAAGGCGCGUUGAUCUCGCUCUUCCAUAACCUCAUAACCAAGUCAAGCAUCCGACAAGCUUUCUUCAGACAGAGCCUUCCAAACGUUACAAACUUGCUUGCAACAGUCUUGGUCUUCCUCAUUGUCGUCUACCUCCAAGGCUUCCGCGUUGUGUUACCUCUUUGGUCAAAGAACUCUCGACAAGGCGGCGGCUACCCGAUCAAGCUCUUGUACACCUCCAACAUGCCCAUCAUUCUCCAAUCCGCUCUAGUCUCAAAUCUCUACUUCAUCUCUCAGCUUCUCUACAACAACUUCAGCGGAAGUUUCCUGGUGAACUUGCUGGGACAGUGGAGAGGACCCACACCAGUCGGUGGUCUCGCUUACUUGAUCACAGCUCCAUCAAGCCUGGCUGCUCAUCCUUGCCACACACUCUUCUACAUCGUCUUCAUGCUCUCUACUUGUGCCUUUCUAUCAAAGACAUGGAUUGAAGUCUCGGGUUCCUCCGCCAGAGACGUGGCCAAGCAGCUCAAGAAACAAGGGAUGUGGAUGGAUGGGCACAGAGACUCCAAUCUACACAAGGAGCUUAACCGCUACAUCCCAACAACAGCCGCCUUUGGAGGAAUGUGCAUUGGUGCACUCACUGUUCUUGCUGACCUCACCGGAGCUAUUGGCUCAGGGACUGGUAUCUUGCUUGCCGUCACAACCAUAUAUCAGUUUCUCGACACUUUUGACAAGGAACUAGCCACCGAGUCACGAAGCCUUUGCCACUACACUAUAUUGUAAAUACAUUAAACUCCUACUUUAAGAUUUAACUUGUUUCAUGUAUUUUUUUU